UUUAUAAUGGCCUUUGUUUAUUAGGCUGAAAGAGAUCUUAACCAAUCAAUCACUUAGGUUCCAGUUAAUGUACUUAUGAAUGUUGAGGGGAUAGGUUGGUCCAGGGUCAUAUACUUUAUAGAAAACAUAAGCUACUAGAUAAUCAGUUGCACCAUUUAAUACAUAAACUUUUCGUAGUAAACCUAUAAAAUAGAGCUCUCUUCCAGGACCAGGGAGUUAUAAUAUUAAUUUUGUGAAUGCAGGGUAUCUAUAUAUGAUGAAUAAAUAAUAGAUAAAAAGUAGUUCUAUAAUCUACUUAAUCAGAAGUGUAAAUACUGGAGAUGCCAAAAUAACAUUCAGUGUUUGCAUCUAAAUGCAAAAGAUUUUAAGAAGAUAGUAAGAAUGAAAAUCCAGGGUAAACAUAAAUAAAUAGUAAUUAUUCAGUCCUGGGUCAUAUGAGCCUGAAGUAAUUUAACAAUAGCGUUACUAAGUGUCCACUUAAGAGAAUUUAGUAGAAUAAUUAAUGAAGUUAAAUAAAUACAAAUCAAUUCCUUCUAUUCCUAGUAAUUCUCAAAUUCAUGGUUAUACAGAUAAUGGAUGUAAUGAUCUAAAUUAAAUCAAAAAGCUUUGGAGUUGAAUAAAAAUCCAUAAGUAAUAUUAACAGGAUUAAAGAAUGAUUCAGUUGGUCCAGGUUAAUAUGAAUUGAAGGAUUUAUUUGAGGAAAAUAAAAAUAAAGGAUUUAAUUGGCAUAAAUCAAAACAACCUAAAUUAGCUCCUGUAGUAUCAAAAGAGAAAUUACAAUUAGUGGGUCCUGGAAAUUAUGAUAUUCUUGAAGAUAAUUAACCUUUAUAUAAAUUGAUGCCAUCAGGUUCAUUUCAAUCAAAAACUUAAAGAUUAUUUGAUAUGGAGAGAGGGUAAAAGGCUAGAAGUUUUAUGAGAUAUUAAUUUGAAAAAAAAAGAAAUUAAUUGCUUUCAAGUCCUCAAUUCGCAGAUUUAUAAGAUGAAGAAAUCGAAUACAUAGAAGUAAUCAAUUAUUUAUAUAUAAUUAAUAUAGGAUGCUACACCAGGUCCUGGAUAUUAUUAUAAAGAUUCUACAACUGCUUCAACAUAUUCUAAAUCAGCUACUAAAAUAGAUACAUAAUGUUUUGGUUCUAAAUCUAAAAGAUUUGGAGAAGAAUAAGUUUCAACAUCUAUAGGACCAGGAGAUUAUAAAGUCGAUGUUUUAUUAGCAAAUAAAAGUUUAUCAUAUAAAUAACCUCCAUUUAUGUCUUCUAAUAGUCGUUUUGAAGCCAAAUUAACUGAAAAAAGACCAGGUCCUUAAACUUAUAAUCCUAAAUAAACUGUAUAUACUAAAUUAAUAUUCAUUAGUUAGAAUAUAAUUUGGUUAAAAAAUUAGAAAGAGCUCCAGUUGGUAAAUUUGGAUACAAUUAACCCAGAUUUGAUGAUAAUUAAUUUUAAGUAUCAUAGCCAGGUCCAGGAUCAUACGAUUUUAAUAAUAAAAGUUCAGAUAAAGGAGCAUAAUCAGUUUUUAAAUCUUCAACUAAAAGAGUUGGACCAGGAUCAUAAAAUAAAUCUGAAUUACCUGCUCCUGGUUCAUAUGAUCCAAAAAAUUAUACCAUAGAAUAUAGAACUAAAAUUGAAGAAGAAGAAGAUCCUUCUCUUAAAAUUCAGAAACCUCCUUUUAUGUCUUCAAUGCCUAGAUUUUAGCAUAAAGAUUAAAAAUAAAUAGAAGAAUUAGAAGAAGAAGAAGAAAAUUUGAAAAAAAGUCCUUAGAAAGAACCUUAUAAAAUGCCCUUUUAGAUUAAAAAACCUGCACCUCCCUUUAAUAUAUAAGUUUAAUAUCAUUUCUGAUAUUUAUAAUAGGAAAAAAGAUUUUAGUAUGAGAAUUCUAAAAAUUAAUCACCAGGACCAGGAGAAUAUCAUGAUCCAAAAAGGAAUCCUUGGGAUAAGAAAACUUAUAAUAUACAAUUUUCUGAAAUUUGA